CGGCACAUUCGGGGAUACUGAUCUCACAGCUGUCUGUCGUUAAUGUAGUGUUCGCGCGAAACCUUCGCGGUGCUGCUGGUGUUCCUACGUGAUUUCGAUUGGUAUAAAAUGGUGAUCUUCCGUUUAAUUGCUCUGACUUACUGCCUCAAACUCGUCUGGACUCUUGGUUCCGUUUCGUCGGCCAGUGACUUCCCCCUGCUAAUGCCACACGUGCGACCGACUGAGAACGAAACCUAUCUCUGCACAGCUUUUCGCGUCGCUUCAAGAAUGCACAAGUACAUCGUGGCUUUCAAGCCCAACGCCACGAUGCAUCUGGUUCACCACAUGCUCGUCUACGGAUGCCGGACGCCAGGAUACCGGGAGUGGGACAGUCCGAGGGUCGUGUGGGACUGCGACGAGAUGUCCACGUCGCGGACACCGUUCCCCAAGGGCCCCAUCUGCCAGACAGGCUCGCAGGUCAUCUACGGCUGGGCCAGAAAUGCCCCACCCCUGCAGCUACCCGAAGGCGUUGGCUUGAAAUUCGGUGGCAACAGUGGUGUCAAUUUCCUCGUAAUUCAAGUUCAUUAUGCAGACACUACUUCGUUUCAGGAUGGAAUUACUAGGGACAGUUCAGGGGUCGUGCUCUCCGUGGUUCCCGGCAACGACACAGGAGUGAAGAGGAGAGCGGGUGUGUAUGACUUCGACACCGGCGGAAUGAUUCCAGCAAACAGUCAUGGACAACUCGAAGCGGCUUGCCGGAUCAACGAAAAUGUGACUCUCCAUCCAUUUGCCUUUCGUGUUCACACUCACGCACUUGGAAAGGCAGUGACUGGUUACGUUGUUAGAAAUGGGAACUGGACUAAUGUCGGUAAACACGAUCCUCUCGAACCACAGAUGUUUUAUCCUGCGAAGAAAGGCUUGACAAUUGUGAAGGGAGAUAUUCUGGCUGUGCGUUGCACGUUGAAGAACUUCAGAAACAGAGAUACUUAUGUUGGGCCUACGUCGGAAGAUGAGAUGUGCAACUUUUACAUGAUGUACUACACGGAUGGAGACAAGAUUCUAGAAGACAACUUGUGCUACUCCAAAGGAUCCCCUACUUACUAUUGGAAGACAGAUCCGAUGCUGAAAGACCACGUCACUCCUGAAGUCGAUGAAGAUGCCAGUACUCUCGAUUGAUAUAACACUCUCAGCGUCCGCAUUUAGGUGAAACCACAGAUGCCAUCCAAGCCAGAGAGAAAUAUUGAUUGGCAAUCCCCAAGUGCUUUUUAGCACUUGGGGAUCGUGCUGCCGAAAUAUGCUACCCUAAAAGUAAAGACUACCACGUUUAUUCCUGACGAUAUUGGAUGUCCU